CCAUUGUGUUCAUAUUACUGUGGACCACAUAGCAAUAAUUCAAUACAAUUGGAGUAGACCCCAUCUUCCUGGAAACUUUUCAUAUUUGUUGUCCAAAUAUCAUCAAUUCUAUCUAUCCACAAACUUUUUAUCUUUCUUCUCAAAUUUCAACAAAUUAACCAAAUAAAUGGCAUCUGCUUCUUCUUUUGCGAGUGAUUCACAAUACUGUGCUCGAUGGAAGUACGAUGUCUUUCUAAGUUUUAGAGGUGCCGACACUCGGGCUACAUUUACAAGUCACUUGUACGAAGGUUUGAAAAACAGGGGAAUAUUCACCUUUCAAGAUGAUAAAAGGCUAGAGCAAGGUGAUUCCAUCUCAGAAGAACUCUUAAAAGCUAUCGAAGAGUCUCAAGUUGCACUCAUCAUUUUCUCAAAGAAUUAUGCUACAUCGAGGUGGUGCUUGAAUGAACUAGUGAAGAUCAUGGAAUGCAAGGAGGAAGAAAAUGGACAAACAGUCAUACCGAUCUUCUAUGAUGUGGAUCCAUCAAAUGUUCGAUACCAAAGUGAGAGCUUUGCAGAAGCAUUUGCCAAACAUGAAUCGACGUAUAAGGAUGAUGUUGAGGGGAUGCAGAAGGUGCAAGGAUGGAGGAAUGCCCUAACUGCUACUGGAAAUCUAAAAGGAUAUGAUAUUCGUGGCGGGAUUGAUCAAUCAAAGGAAAUUGAGCAGAUCGUCGACCACAUUUCUUCCAAAUUUUGCAAGAGUGCUUGUUUUUUAUCUUAUUUGCAAGAUGUUGUGGGAAUAAAUGCUCAUUUGGAGGAACUAAAAUCCCUACUUCAAAUAAAAAUCGAUGAUGUUCGAAUUGUUGGGAUCUGGGGAAUAGGCGGAGUCGGUAAAACGACGAUAGCAAAAGCCAUCUUUGAUACUUUAUCUGAUCAAUUUAAAGCUGCUUGUUUUCUUGCCGAUGUUAAAGAAAAUGCAAGAAAGAAUCAACUACAUUCCUUACAAAAUACCCUUCUCUCUGAAUUGUUAAGAAAAAAAGAUAAUUACGUCAAUAAUAAGUAUGAUGGGAAGUGCGUGAUUCCAAACAGACUUUGGUCUAUGAAGGUGUUGAUUGUGCUUGAUGACAUUGAUGAAAGAGAUCAUUUGGAGUAUUUAGCAGGUGGUGUCGGUUGGUUUGGUAAUGGCAGCAGAGUUAUUGUAACAACUAGAAACAGACAAUUGAUAGAGAAGGAUGCUGCAAUAUACGAAGUGCCUACGCUACCUGAUGAUGAUGCUAUGCAAUUGUUCAAUCAACAUGCUUUCAAAAAAGAAGUUCCAGAUGAGUGUUUUAAGAAGUUCUCGUUUGAGGUAGUAAAUCACGCUAAAGGGCUUCCUUUAGCCCUCAAGGUGUGGGGUUCUUUGCUGCAUAAGAAAGGCCUAACUCAGUGGACAAGAACUGUUGACCAAAUAAAGAAAAAGUCUAAUUUAGAAAUUGUUGAAAAACUCAAAAUAAGUUAUGAUGGGUUGGAGCCUGAAGAGCAAAAGAUAUUUCUUGAUAUCGCAUGUUUCUUCCGUGGGCAUCAUAGAAAAGAAAUGAAAUUUUUUGAUAGCUGUGAUUUUGGAGCUGAAUACGGAUUAGAUGUUCUAGUUGACAAAUCCCUUGUGUUCAUCUCUAUGUAUGGUAGAAUUGAAAUGCAUGACUUGAUUGAAGAUAUGGGCAAAUACAUUGUGAAAAUGCAGAAAGAUUCCGGAAAACCUAGCAGAGUAUGGAAUGUUGAAGAUUUCAAAGAUGUGAUGAUGGACAAUAUGGGGACCAUGACAGUCGAAGUAAUUUGGUUGACAGAUUCUGAAAAACUAUGCUUUAGCAAAGAGGCAAUGCAAAAUAUGCAAAAGCUUAGGAUAUUAUGCAUGUCAUAUCAUCCAUGGGUUCCUCAAAGGGCUUUCAAAGAUACUCCCAAAUCCUCUAUUGAGUACCUUUCAAACAACUUGCGUUGGUUUGUGUGGCAUUCCUAUCCUUGGAAGUUAUUGCCAGAAAAUUUUAAUCCCAGAAGGCUUGUUCAUCUUGAUCUCCGGUGGAGUUCAUUGCAUUAUUUAUGGAAUGAAACAAAGUUGCAGCAAUUUCUGUCUCUACGAAGGAUAGAUCUAAGUGGCUCUAAAAGCCUGAAGAGAACACCAGAUUUCAAGGGGAUGCCAAAUUUGGAGUAUUUGAAUCUAGAGUAUUGUAGGAGUCUUGAAGAAGUUCAUCAUUCCCUCAAGUAUAGCAAAAAACUCAUCCACUUAGAUUUGCAUUAUUGUAGAACACUUGAGAGGUUUCCAUAUGUUAAUGUGGAAUCUCUUGAAUCUAUGAAUCUAAAAUUCUGCUCUAGUUUAAAGAAAUUUCCAGAAAUCCUUGGAAUAAUGAAGCAGGGAACUGCCAGAAAGAUUAUGAUGUCAUGCUCUGGGAUAAGGGAACUGCCAUUAUCUUUCUUUGAUCACCAACCUCAUCUUAUAGAGCUACAUUUGAAUGGCAUGAAAAACCUUGUAUUUAUUCCAAGCAGCAUUUGUAAGUCGAAAGGUUUGGUGAAGCUAUCUGUGUCGUAUUGCUCAAAACUUGAAAGCUUGCCAGAAGAGAUAGGUGAUUUAGAAAACUUGGAGGAGCUUCAUGCCAGCAAUACUCUAAUCUCACGUCCUCCAUCUUCCAUCGUCCGGUUGAACAAGCUUAUAAGAUUGAGUUUUGGACAACAUAGAUCAGAAGAUAGAGUGUACUUUGUGUUCCCUCAGGUGAAUGAAGGGUUACUCUCAUUGGAAUAUCUGGAUCUCAGUGGCUGCAAUAUAAUAGAUGGAAGACUUCCGGAAGACAUUGGAUGCUUGUCCUCUUUGAAAAAGUUGAAUCUCAAGGGAAAUAAUUUUGAGCAUUUGCCUCAAAGCAUAUCCAAACUUGGUGCUCUUGAAUACUUAAACUUAUCAGAUUGCAAGAGACUUACACAGCUGCCAGAAGACAUUGGAUGUUUAUCCUCUUUGACAAAGUUGAAGCUCAACGGAAAUAAUUUUGAGCAUUUGCCUCGUAGCAUAUCCCAGCUUGAUGCUCUUGAAUACUUGGACUUAUCAGAUUGCAAGAGACUUACUCAGCUGCCAGAAGACAUUGGAUGUUUAUCCUCUUUGACAAAGUUGAAACUCAACAGAAAUAAUUUUGAGCAUUUGCCUCAAAGCAUAUCCAAACUUGGUGCUCUUGAAUACUUAAACUUAUCAGAUUGCAAGAGACUUACUCAGCUGCCAGAAGACAUUGGAUGUUUAUCCUCUUUGAAAAAGUUGAAGCUCAACAGAAAUAAUUUUGACCAUUUGCCUCAAAGCAUAUCCAAACUUGGUGCUCUUGAAUACUUAAACUUAUCAGAUUGCAAGAGACUUACAAAGAUGCCAGAAGACAUUGGAUGUUUAUCCUCUUUGAAAAAGUUGAAGCUCAACAGAAAUAAUUUUGACCAUUUGCCUCAAAGCAUAUCCAAACUUGGUGCUCUUGAAUACUUAAACUUAUCAGAUUGCAAGAGACUUACAAAGCUGCCAGAAUACAUUGGAUGUGCAUCCUCUUUGAAAGAGUUGUAUCUCAAGGAAAUAAUUUUGAGCAUUUGCCUCAAAUCAUAUCCGAACUUGGUGCUCUUCGAUCCUUGGACUUAUCAGAUUGCAAGAGGCUUACUCAGCUGCCAGAAUUUCCACAGGAAUUAGAUACAAUAUAUGCAGAUUGGAGCAAUGAUUUGAUCUGUUAUUCCUUGUUUCAGAAUAUGUCAUCAUUGCAGCAUGACAUCUGUUCUUCA